AUUCGACCUCGGUAAUAUGCCUUGCUAGACACUCAGCUAUCGACCAUUUUGAGCAUUCCACAUGGAAUCUGAAGGCGAUGACUACAGUUAGAUCAAUGAUAAUACCAGUGGGUUUUAUUUGUUAUGAUUAUAACUCUAGGCUCAAGCACUCUUGGUGCUACCGCCGAUAUUUCAGAAGCGCUGAAUGAGCUAGCAUUCGGAUUGUGUAUUAUCUACGAUUGCUCCGUCCCGGAAGACUGGCUGACUGAUAAUCAUAAUCUUUGGCUAAUCUACGUAUAGAUCAACAGAUCCACAUGCUUUGGGCAUGGUGCGCGGCUUGCACGGGCGGAAUGUGCACUCAUGCUGUGGUAUACGCAGAGUAUUUGUACGAUGUUGGCCACCACCCUAGCCCGACCAAACCUGGACUUCUGGUCCUUCAACCUCUGUGCAUUUUUCUAUUUCCAUCCUUAAGUUUGUCUGCUCGAUAUGCCGUACAUCAAGGCCCAUUGCCACCCCUUCCUUUUUGCCCUAAUCACCGUCUGCGCCAUGGCAGAACUUGGCUUGACGGCGUUCUUGAUCAACGACAGUAACGAGAAGCAUAAUUGGCCCAAUCAACGCUAUCAAUCCCUCGUCAUUCUCAUGGAAUUCAAUGCUGUUUGGACCACGGUAUUUGGGGCAGCUUACAUGCUGUGGGUAGUAGACGGAGCUGUGCAUGUUCUCGCGGGCAUUGCAAGUUCUGUGGUAUGGUUAGGCAUGACAUGCGUUCUUUGGGGCACUGCUGCUGGCGUAAUGCAUCAGACGCGAAUAGGUGGGGCGUGUACAGCAACGCUAUCUGGAUGCAGGGAAACGUUGACAGUGGAGAUCCUUAGUUGGGUAGAGUUUGGAUUGUGUUUGCUCACUCUGAUAGGGACUUGCUUGUGGGUGCGGACGAAUAGGAGGAACCAUGUGAGCGAUUCGCGUAGGCUGGUAUGAGAGGACACCGGACAGAUUGAUGGACAUGUGGGCAUGUACGAACAAUGCUUUGUGCUCUAUGAUUAUUUGGACUACAGACGGGCUCGAUAGGUCAGUUGUUCAUCUUAUGAACCGGCCUGAAUUUAGGACUUGGAGCGAGAGAUGAUGGGUCCGAGGAACUUGAAUUUGGCGGCAUAAGGUCAUGUUAUGAGCUGGCGGUACUCCAGCGUCCAUUGACCUUGAUCGGCCAAGGCUUUGAUGUAUCGUAUCUCUCCGACACUACAUCAGCGGGCUACCCUUUGGUACCGAAAUAAGUAAACGUGUCAUCGUC